AUGGAAUUUCAAACUCGCAUUCGAGUAUGCAAUCGAGUAUGCAACAAUCGAGUAUGCAAUCGAGUAUGCCAUCGAAUACGCAAUCGAGUAUGCAAUCGAAUACGCUUUUAUAUUAAAGAAUAUCAUUGUAAAAAUUACAAUGUUUCUGAUGAAAAAGAUUAUAGGGACCCUAAAAACGCUUCGAUUCAUGCUAAUAAUAAGAAUACUCGUGUAAACGAAAAAGCUAUUAAUCCGAAUUUGGCGAAUAUAACGACUAACUCGAACUCGGUUAUCUCAACUUCCGUUAAUUCGAAUUUGAUGGAUAUGAAUAUGAUGGAUGUAUCAUCUGAUGUCCCUCCUGAUGAUUAUGAUUCAAAUACUGGAUCAAAGAAACGAAGUUCCAGAAAGGUACAUGAAACUCGAAGCCAGAAACCACCUAGUGCAAAUCUGCGCAGUAAAACACUCACUUCUUUUGCCGAUAUCAACAAGUCGACAUUACAGUCAGAUCUAAGCAUCGCUCGACGAAGGUCUUCAAAACAAAGCUUGCAAAGUCCGAAACCCGCCAGAACUACUAGAAGCUCGACAAAAGAAAAAGAAGUUGAUUCUUCAUACAGAAUUAAAUAUUCUAGUCCAAGAGCUUAUGCUAGAAAACAGAAUAAAAGUAUUCCCGAGAGUAUUCUGAACCUUACUGAUUUUACGAGUUUUCCUGAAGCCGAUGAACCAAAAAAACCAACCACUGCUUUUGGAAUUUAUUGUUUGGAGCUUUCCACCGUUCACCUUUUCGGAAAGAAAAUGUCAAAUCAAGACUUUGUUGCUUUUGCUGCUGAUUGUUGGCUUAAACUGACUGAUGAUUGCAAAGAAGUAAGUUAUUCAUAA